UACAAAAAAUAUUUCUUGGCAUUGUCCUCAAACAGCGGGCGACAAGAGUGACUCGUGUGGAUGUCUGCGCUGCUGUAGAGCUUGAUUUAGAGUCCCACCGAGGUGCUCGGUGCCGCACUGCUGUGACGUAAAAUUCAUAUGGAAUAGCAGACCCUCGCGUUUAGGGAGGGCUAUCCAGUAGGACGCACUGCAUACUGCAUUAAUUACUGCCUCCGCCAUGCGGUGCACUUUCCAAGUCCCUUAUUUAGAAAGCUGCUCUGCUUCCAAGCCUCUCACCAAGCCAAUUAUACAAUAGCUGCUAUAAUGCAAUCUGGCGUAAAGCUGAACCGAUAUGGCCUAUAUAGGAUCUAGACGUACUGUACGUCGUUGCACUUGUACUGAAGCACUCAAAACAUUAACCCACACCUUGAAAAAUAAUCAUCCUUUACGAAUACCUAGAUUCAUAAUAUUGUUACUGUAAAGGACGUUGUCUGUGUGUGAAGCUGAAAGCGAACUACCACCACGCUCAUACAGUAGAGCUGCAUUCAGCUGUUACUGUACUCUGCGCCCUCAGUGCUGCCUCGUCUCGUCUCCUCUGAACCCUCCUUUGAGGGCUCGGAUUUUGAUGAGGAUUACCUUGUACGUUUAAACGACGAAGAGCACAUUAUUAGCGUGAGCCUGUUCUGUUUCAGAGCGAGUAGAUUUUACGCUCUUUCGCCGCCGCAAAAGAGGAUGAUCAGGGAAAAAGAAUUAACGAAGUAAAAAAAUAAACUUUUAAGGUAUCAGAGGGGGACCGCGGACGAAGAGCCACUUGUAUCAUCAUUAUCUUCAUAGCGUGCAAGGUCAGUGUUAGGUGUUUACAAGUUUGCAUUAAGAGCAUACGCUGCAUUUGAAUGCGGCUCAAAGCCCGCUUUGAGAGGAGGAGUCUAUCUACACACUGCAAGCUUUCAGAUUCACUCCCUUCAUACCCCAGCGAAGCAAAGCCGGUCAGACUCAGCGAUCUCAUGGAAUGCCAGUGUACCGCGCCGUCCACACAAACAUGAGCCAGGACGACCGCCCCCCUUCAGCAUAUUAAGACAGCCGUAUCUUGGUCCUUCUUAUUUUCCUCCCUGCGGUUCCCGUGGGGCUUGGUGUCUUCUUCUGCCGGUGUUGGCUGUGAGCUGCAUUCGCUUCGUUCGCGCUGCCGGCUGGAUUUCGUGACAGACGGAGACGAUGUGUGUGGAGAGCGAUGGGUGCGAGAUCGAGGGCUGCAGCAGUUCGGACGAAGUGCACACGCUGUCCGGCAGGAUGAGCCCCGGUCUGAAAUCGAACCCCGAUCUUCAUCCCUGCAAACCGGGACAGAAAUUUCGGGCUGCGCUCCUACGGUGCAGGUCUCCCGUUGCCGCCGCUGGGAUACUCAGUUUUGGAAAUGUGCUCAAUUAUAUGGACAGGUACACCGUGGCAGGUGUACUCCUGGACAUUCAGAAGCACUUCAACGUGAAGGACAGUGAAGCUGGCUUGUUGCAAACAGUCUUCAUCUGUAGCUUCAUGGUUGCAGCCCCCAUCUUUGGUUACCUUGGAGACCGUUUCAAUAGGAAGAUCAUCCUGAGCUGUGGCAUCUUCUUCUGGUCAGCUGUAACCCUGUCCAGCUCGUUUAUCACCAAAGAGUAUUACUGGCUGUUUGUCCUGUCGAGGGGCCUGGUGGGCAUCGGAGAAUCCAGCUACUCCUCCAUCUCUCCAACCAUUAUCGGCGAUCUCUUCACUAACAACACACGCACAAUGAUGCUCUCCAUCUUCUACUUCGCCAUCCCCCUGGGCAGUGGUUUGGGCUACAUCUUGGGAUCAAGUGUAAAACAAGCUGCAGGCGACUGGCACUGGGCACUGAGGGUCUCUCCAGUUUUGGGAAUGACGGCAGGGGGCCUGAUCCUGUUCUUCGUGCCCGAGCCGAAACGCGGGAGCGCGGAUCAGCUCGGGGGUCGCCUGAAGGCUCGGACGCCAUGGGUCUGCGACAUGAAGGCGCUGGCCAAGAACCGGAGCUACGUGUUCACGUCCCUGGCAUCGGCGGCCGUGUCCUUCGCCACGGGCGCCUUCGGCAUGUGGAUCCCGCAGUACCUCUUCCGGGCGCAGGUGGUACAGAAGACUGUGCUGCCCUGCAACCAGGAGCCCUGCAGCAUCAAGGACAGCCUGAUCUUUGGGGCCAUCACCUGUGUGACGGGGUUCCUGGGAGUGCUGAUUGGGGCGGCUGCCACCCGCCUGUGUCGCCAGAAGACGGAGAGGGCGGACCCCCUGGUGUGCGCCGUCAGCAUGCUGGGCUCAGCCAUCUUCAUCUGCCUCAUCUUCGUCGCGGCCAAGAAGAGCAUUGUGGGAGCUUACAUCUGCAUAUUUAUUGGAGAAACACUACUGUUUUUAAAUUGGGCCAUUACAGCAGACAUUUUAAUGUACGUGGUGAUCCCUACACGCCGAGCCACGGCCGUCGCCCUGCAGAGCUUCACAUCCCACAUCCUGGGCGACGCUGGCAGCCCCUACCUGAUUGGCCUGAUCUCUGAAGCUCUCCAGAAGAGCUAUGCCCACUCCAACCUCUGGAAGUUCCUCAGCCUUGGCUACGCCCUCAUGCUGUGCCCUUUCGUCAUCGUGCUUGGGGGGAUGUUUUUCCUGGCCACUGCCCUCUUCUUCCUGGAUGAUCGGGAGAAGGCAGAAAAGCAGCUGAACCAGCUGAGCACUUCACCGUCUUCUGUGAAGGUAUGAACAGGUCUCACAGUGAAGGGGCUGGAGACUCAGGGGAGAUGUAUUACCUGGAGUUCUGAGACCCCAUUCGAAGGAGAGAAGGACCCGAGAGUCUCUAGCCUACGGACACGUUUGCCCUUUUUUACUAUUAUUUCCAAUCAAGAAACUGUUCUUAAAUGGAAUGAAGGAAUGCACACUGAUCCAAAGACCCCUCUGAACCACAGAGGAUAUAAUAGUGACAAGAGUCCAAUCUGUGAACCAAACCAUGGGACUGGAGGGGGUAUUUCCUAGCCUGGGACAUUAGUGUCACAUAUGAACUACGUGAAGACUUAUCACAAACUGAUAGCAUUGCUACUGAGGAGGUUAUAGAUAUAUCAUGCCAUGCUUCACCUGCACAAGUGCCAUAUCUACAGAUCUCUAGGGAUUUCAAACCAACAAAACUCAUUGAGCAAGAGGCCACAUAAAGGUGUAAUCUGUGAUUCACACAGUGAAAAAGACCCUUAAUGGUCAGCUAAAGCAGCCUUAAGGUCUUUGGUUCAGUAACACUUCUACAGUAUCCAACACUUAAAAGCGCGGUGCUGACUCGGCCACUGAGGAGAGGAAACAUUUUUAUCAAGCUGGAAAAGAAACCUGGCUACCGCAAACACACUGGAUACUUUCUGCAGACACGGCUAUAGUCAUAACUGGAGGUAUUUACCUAUGAUGGUUCCUGUCUAUGCAGAAGACAUUGCACUGGCAGUAAAAUCUUUUUUUUUUCCAGACCCGUAGGGUUUUCAAUAAUCCUAGCAAAUAUGAAAAAGACAAGGCUGAUGCCUUUACAGGAGUUAACUUGCAUUUAAAAUUACCCAUAACUAUGCACAUUCUAUUUCAUUAGCACUGAAGUGCAUCAGUUAAGAAUGAACAAUUCUACCCUCUGGGCACAGAAUGCCUGGAGAUCUCUUGCACUUUGGCUUAGUUUGCAGUUAAACAGGUUAUCCUGCCAUACAACCACGUAAGGAACAGCUGCAGUAAAACUAACUAAAACACUCCAGAAACUUCUCUUCCCAAUGCAUUAGGACAGGCAACUACAGCGAAAAGAACACUGAAGAGGCAGUUGAGCUACAGUGUCUUAUGCAUCUUAUAGCCAGUCAAGAUUCCUGGAUCUGCCCCUUUUACUAUUGUAUUUGGGGUUUUUUUUUUCCUGGACACAAAAAUAAGUCAGAAACAUCUCUGACUACAGUAGACCAUACUGUACAGUCCCAGAAAAGAACUGCAUCUGUGGUCACAUGCCAGUGAUCUAAUGUUAAUGCGUCCACCAGAAGAACGUCCACUAAUUAAACCCCACAUCCAUCAGCUGCUGGCUUGCCUUGAAGACCUUGCAUCUGAGAUGCCUUGCAAGGAAGCACAGGACACGAGUGCUGACCUGGCAUAAAAUGAAAACAGCAAAAGCACCACCUUUGCUGCAACCGAUUCAAGCCCAAGAACAGGACACUGUUGGACUGCACUGCUGGAAAUGCUGCAGUCUGUGAAAGACUGAGUAAGUCUCAGUGUGGCAACAACAUGGGAACUACAGACAGAGAUGGUAAAGGUGAAGAGGCACCUACAGAUUCCUCAUUCAGUUAUUUGCCUUCAAAAAGCAUUACUUUUGCUUGCCUUUGCAGGCCCCUUUCUGAGAACACUCACUUUUUUGUCCACAGUCAACAAAGCACCUUACUUAAUCAAAAGCAUUACCCUCAACACAAGCUGUGCUCAGCAAGAAAACUAAAAGAAACUAGUUCUUACACCUUACUUUGGAGGUCAGACAGGAUUUGGUUUGUUAUCAACUGGUUUCUUUCAGCUUUCUAAUUAUUUCAUGAUGAAGCCUUUUGAAGUUGUGGAUGAGCUUCUGUUGAACUUGCGUGUUUACACAGCAGAGUUAUCGUAUCAAGCUCCGUUUGUGAUUGUUUAAUGUACAUUUUUACAGAUAUGAGUUUAUAUAUAAAUAUAUAGAGAGAUAUAUAUCAUUCAGCAGUUUUUAAUAUAUUGUAUAAGAUAGCUUCAGGAUGUCUCUUUCUACUUUUGUUACUAAAAUGAAGAACUCUUUAAAAGGAGGGCAGAUGGAUUUUAAGUAUCUUUUCUCUUUGGCUGGUUUCAAUGUCUUUUAACUGCAGUUCAUGCUGCUGAUCUAUACAUAGUGCCCUGCCUCCUGAGGCACUUUACCUUUCUCCAUCAAAUCAGCAAUACUACAUACACCUGGAAAUGAAAGAAACUGACAGCUUACAAUCAGCAUUCUUCAUUCCAAUGAAUAUCCCUGGAGUCUGUCUUAAUUAAGGCUCCAGAGCUGAUAAUGCAAAGAAGACAAAGAAGCAAGACCCAUUAGCGCAAGCUCAUGCCGAUUUUGUUUAUAAAGUGCAGUUUUUUUUAAUCUUUUAAGAAUUAUCAGCAGAUGGACUAAUUUUUUCCUCCAAACAGAUGCUAGAUCCAUAAUUUCCUUUCAUCAUUCAAUUAAUUUUGCUCUUCAAAUGAGUUUGCUUUGCAUUUGUUUGACUCCAUCAAUAAUAACAGAAUUGCGUAAUUUAAUCUAUUUAUUUUAUUCUAUCCUAAAAGACAGGCAGGAUUUACCACAUAUAAACAGUGAAAAUACUUGGUGUUAAAUUCACAGAAACCUUCAUGAAGUGAAAGGCAGCUUUUUGCACUUAGUCAGUCAAGCCCUGCUGGGUUUGCUUUCAGGACAGGUGGAUUAAAGAUUUAGUUACCGAAAGGCCUGCCAGCAGGUUUUAAUUGAGCAUGCUGAUGUAUCGGAGAUCUUUUCCAUCACAAAUGUAGAUUGACUAAUAACCCUGUCCCCAUAAUCGGUAGAAUUCAGCUUGGUACCCAUGUGAAAAGACACACAAUGUGAAGCACAGUUCCUCUAGCAAAGAAAGAAAAAUGAACGGAAAAGCUGGUAACAUUUGGACUGCUGACUUCUAGAAUCUCAAAUUCUCGUUUGAAAAGGGAAGUUGGAAGUUGGAAAGCUGUUAAGUCAGAGCAGUGCUAAAAACAUUACCAGCCCUUUGAAAAUGCCUCUAAUGUGCUUCUGUAAGCACUGUGGUAUUGUAUUCCAGAACUCCAUUUUGACUUGUUUCAACACUUCUGUAUAGAAGGUGGGAACAUUAACAAGAAUCAGCUGUUAAACAAAUAUCGUCUUUAUUAGUUCAAUCCGUCAAUUUUAUAAAUCCUCAGAAGUCUGCCCAAAUGAAGGGUGCUGGUAAAAAAAAACAGCAAUACUGUGCAUUUCUGUUUUAUUACCCUGACACAAAUAGUGCAGCAAUUACUGUAGAAUUUGUCAAGAGGUAUCCUAUUUGAUCAGUCUUUACUAAACAACAAGGUAACCUUGGUCAACAUUAUUAAGGAAUUCAACCAAUCUGUUUUUACAAAUCGUUAAAGAGACAACAACACCCGGCUAAUUCUUUGGACCACAGAGUUCACUUUUUCUGCUUUUGGAAAUGUUCAUCGUGUUCCUCAAGUGUUGGUUACAUCAUUAAUGUCAUUAAGUCUAUAAGUCUUAAUGCUCAGCUCAGCUCCUGAGACCUCAGUGGAACUGAGAUAAAGGCUGUAGAUGGCCUGUCACACCUGAUUGAUAAGCAGCUUUUCCUUUUAGACAUUGACCAAAGGGGAGAGGAAUUAAUUAUCAUAGCCUGACCUCUCUUCAUUCCUGAAAAGAAGCACUAAAAAGCUGAACUCUGACCUGCCUCAUGCACUAUGAUGUACACUGUCAGGUCUCUGCCUCUAGCUAUACAGAAAGCCAAGGUCAGGCGAGGGGACAAAGAAGGAUUUUCCUUAUAAAUCUUGAACGGAUGGUUAAUCCCCAUCCUGAAAAAUGUUUAAACAUGGAACAUAUUUCAAUACCCUUGACCUCAUCAAAUUCUGCUGAGAAUCAAUUAACCACCACUCCUUUUUGAUGUCAGAUAUUCUUUCUGGCCAAAGGAAUCCUAACUUUUCCUGAUAAAAACAAUCUUAUAUCUAAUUGGUUAUACAACAGCCUUACUGGUUGAAAUUUAUUUUUCUUUGGAAUAUAUGAAUUGCUGCCCCCUUUCAAUCAAAUUCCUUAUCAAUGUUUCUGUUAAUUACCUUCAAUAAGUUAAUGAUCAUGGACUUGCGCCAGAGGGCAAAGGUCAGGGUACUUUGAUCACCUGUUCUGAUUGACCAGCUGCCUUCAUCUCCCCCUCCAUAAACACACACAAGCCCAAAGUUCAGGGAGGUUCCAAUUGGAUAACAACAUCAAUCACUCUCAGAACUCUGUGCCUUUUUUCAGCAUGGCAUUCCUGGGUUAUUUGUUUUAACUGUUCAUGGGUUUUCCAUAGAAACAGUACAAUAUGAUCAAUAAAACCCCAUAGGUGUGGUAUUUGAACCAGUUUAAUGUGCUCUGUCGAGAUGUAUUAUAAAUAAAAUGCUGAAGAAAAGCUGAAUGCCUGGACAAAAAUGCCAAAAUCAUUCUAGCCAUCCAUGAUUUUACUGUUAUGUUUGAAAAUUUGUCUUUUUAAAUAUUAGAGAAUAGCACCAGUCCAUCACAUAAGUGAUGUUAUCAGAUUGUGCUCACUUUCUUGUCAUACAAGAAACGUGUAAAUAAAGAAUCCUAUUUCUGAUUUAAAGCAGAAAACAGAUUAUUUUAUUUUUUAGAGCAAGUGUAUUUGAAAACUUAUCUAGGAAGCAACUGUGUCACUCCCUCAGGGAGAUGAAAUGUACACCUAUAUGUAAAUUAUAAAAUAAACCUAUUUAAUCACA